AGUUGUAGCUGGACUGGACUAAAAGCUGAAACGGCCAUCGCGGCCGAACUACCUGGGAGGCUGGGACAUAGCGACAGCGAAAAACUAGUCUCAAUUUCCCGCAGGUUUCCGCGCAUUCCGACUGGUGAUUACUGACUAGUUCUUUCUCGGCCAUAAAAAAUUUUCUAGUCUACUUGAUUCUUCCAACCAUUCGGCUUGUUAGUGCUUCCUUCUAUUGAGAUUUGCCAUGCAAGCGGAGGUUUUCGAUACAUAAUGGGCUCUAGUAUACUUCAUGUGAAGCUAUAGUAAGGCUCGACCAAGUAAUGGGAUAAUCUUCAUCAACAAGAUCGCAUGUGGUCCUUUCUUCUCUUUUUCAUCCCGUUAUACUGUUUCCUUAUCUCAAGCAAAUUCGCCUGGUCUUGUUGCUUAAAAUUCCAUGACUAACGUUCUUAGAGUCUAGCCUUGUCAGAGGGGGGAAGGGAGAUGCUAGCGUUGUAUGACCGGGGGUAGAAGUGGGGGAGAGAGGGUGAUAUACUCGCUGAGGGAAGUUGAUGACAGGCAUGAUGGGCUUAUUGGCGACGACAUGGAAGAAUUCUCUGAGAAGGAAGCUUCAACUAAAACCGAUGGUUCUUCAUACUGUAAAAGAAGGACAAAGGAGCCACAUUUUAAUGUCUCCACCUCUUGUGUCUCUGGACCUACCUGACAUCUGGACUCCAAAUUCAUCACGUUUUAGUGUUUCAUCAGUACACAAAAGCUUUAAUGAGCAGACAGCUAGAUUGUUGGAUGGAAAAAUGGUUUCUAUGGAAAUCAGAUCGAGCAUAGCUGGUGAGGUAAGGCGGAUGAAGAAGUGCACUGGGAAUGUUCCCGGGUUAGCUGUGAUUAUGGUGGGCCAGAGAUGGGAUUCUCAGAUUUAUGUUCGCAACAAGAUAAAAGCAUGUGAAGAAGUUGGAAUCAAGUCCUCUGUAACUGAACUACCGACUGACUGUACAGAAGCUGAAGUUCAGAAUGCUUUGUUGAGAUUUAACAAGGAUCAAUCAGUUCAUGGUAUUCUUGUGCAACUUCCUCUACCCCAACAUCUAGAUGAAAGCAAAGUUUUGGAUGUUCUAUGCCUAGAAAAGGACGUGGAUGGCUUUCAUCCUCUUAAUAUGGGGAAUCUCGCCAUAAUAGGAAGGGAACCACUAUUUAUUCCAUGUACUCCAAAGGGCUGCGUUGAGUUAUUGAUUAGAUCUGGAGUGGAGAUCAUUGGAAAGAAAGCUGUUGUGAUUGGAAGAAGUAACAUUGUCGGUCUACCUACAUCCUUGUUACUGCAGAGACACCAUGCAACGGUCACUGUUAUACAUGCAUUUACAGAAAAACCUGAACAGGUCACGUCAGAAGCUGAUAUUGUAGUUUCGGCUGCUGGAGUACCCAAUAUGGUCCGUGGCAACUGGAUAAAGCCUGGUGCAAUAGUCAUUGACGUUGGUACAAGUCCAGUUGAGGACUCGAGCUGCGAGGAUGGUUACCGUCUUAUAGGAGAUGUAUGCUACGAAGAAGCCGUAAAUGUGGCAUCUGUCAUUACUCCUGUUCCGGGUGGAGUUGGGCCUAUGACCGUUGCCAUGCUACUGUCUAACACUCUAGAUUCUGCAAAACGCAUGCUUGAUUUUAAUUGAAAUAUGAAAUCGCUGUGCUGUAAUGGUCAUAGGUAUAUUGAUUACUGAUUUUUAUCCCGUGUUAAUCAAUAAGCCAAUUAAAGUAGUCAUUUUUCAAUAUAUAAUGAUUACUGAUU